AUGGCAGCCUUGGCGAACAGCAACCCGUUCCACUACAUCAUUAACGUUGAGGACAGUGCCCAGAGCUGGGCCUUGCCACUGUACAGAGCCUUGAACGACGGAGAUUACGAGACUGUUGAAAUGAUCAUAAGGCAAGAACCUACAGCAAUCACGUCAAGGCUGACCCCAUUUGCUGAGACUCCACUGCUUGUGGCCGUGAAGGCCAGACAGGGGCUGCCCUUCUUAAGGAAACUGCUCGGUUUCAUGCCGCCCGAGGCUUUGGCCCUCACCGACUACUUUGGCAAUACUGCCCUCCAUGCCGUGGCUGUGCUGGGAGACACUCGGGCCGCUGCUUUGUUUGUGGAAAAAAAUAGGGACCUCCCAAAUGUGUGGAAUGUGGAUGGCUGUUUGCCGAUACACUUGGCGGCCAUGAGGGGCCACCGAGAGAUAGCUCUAUAUUUGUGCAGUGUCGCUAAAGAAAAUGACUAUUUGGACCUGUUCAAAGGCUCUGCAGGCGCCCAGCUCGUCCAGUCUGCUGUCACCGCUGGAUUAUAUGAUUUUGCAAUGUAUCUGGUGGAACACAAUCCAGAGUUGGCAUUGCAGCACGAGGACAUCUCUCCCCUGGAGCUGCUGGCUCAGGAGCCUUCUGCUUUCCCGAGUGGAAUGGACUUCAAUAUUUGCCAGUUGAUCAUCUAUUCCUGUGUUCCAAGGAAGCUUAUUGAGAUGCCCGGGAGUUUAGCAAGCAUGACGAAGUCACGAGAUUAUCGUCCUUUCAGUGUUAGGAUACCUUGUGCCAGAUUAAGGGGUUUCAAGUAUUAUAAUUUUGCUCUACAGGAACCAUAUGUGAUACUAUGGAAGGUGCUUGAAACAUUAAUCGUGCCUAUAAAGCGCAUUCGUCACACUAAAGCCAUGCACCAUCAAGCACUCAAGAUUGUAAGACGUGCGUGCUCGGAAAUCAAAUGCUUGGACAACUCAAAAGCUUCAUCAAUACUCACGAGUCCCUUUCUUAUAGGCGUGCAAAACGGCAUCCAUGAGAUUGUUAAAGAGAUUCUGGACUCAUUUCCUCACGCAAUAACCUUUGCGGAUGAGGAGAACCACUCCAUAUUUCAUCUGGCAGUUAUGUACCGUCAUGAGAAGAUAUUUAAGAUUGUCCACGCGCAAAGUGGACAGUACAAGAUGUGUUUGUCACUGCUUUUGGACAACGCGAGGAACAAUAUUCUGCAUCUUGUGGCACAUAAACCCCAUCAAGAUCGACUUGACACGAGCACGGGGUCGUUUCUUAAGAUGCAGCGUGAACUCCAAUGGUACAAGGAGGUGGAAAAAUUCGUACUACCCCACGCUCGAAAGUCUAAGAAUGCCGAUGGCAAGACGCCACUGGCGAUAUUCAACGAGCAACACCGUGAGCUGGCAGCAAGCGAGACACAAUGGAUGAUGAGCAUGGCGACCUCAUGCACGGUGGCCGCAUCCCUUAUCGCCACUGUCGCAUUUGCCGCCGCCAUCACUGUGCCCGGCGGCAAUGAUGUCGGCGGCCUCCCAAUCUUCACCGGCGAAAACGCUUUUGUUCUUUUCGCGGUCUCGGACGCCCUCGCCUUACUGUCGUCUGUCACAACUGUCCUUUCCUUCUUGUCUAUAUUCACCUCGCGCUACACGGUCAACGAUUUCCUUUAUGAGUUGCCUAAUCGGUUAAUAGUUGGCCUCAUCUCCCUCUUCCUGUCCGUGUUGUCCCUUAUGAUGGCCUUUGGCUCAACCAUGUACCUCGUGGCAGCUCGGAAGAAUAGCCUUCUCCUGUUGCCUAUAGUGGCGCUGGCUUGUGUCCCCGUCACUCUAUUCGCCUUUCUACAGCUUCCUCCGCUUCUUAAUAUGAUCAGCUCGACGUAUGGUCCGAGCAUCUUUGAUUAG